AUGGAUUUUAGUCUUGGAAUUUCAGAGAUAGUUGCCUGUGUUGUUCUGAUCUCCAGCAGUGUGAUUGGAAAUACAUUGUUGAUUUACUGCACAAGGAGAUGCAUCAGUGAGCAUUUACGAACCUCUUUCAUGUUUAUUUUCAGUCUUGCUUAUGUCCAUCUCAUAAACAGCUUGGUGGUGGAUGUCUUAAAGAUUGUUUAUGCCUCUGGUGUUGGGUUGGAUUCAGCUGGCUGCAAAACUUUCACAUUCACAACAGCUUCUACUAGUACUCUUGCCAUAUGGUUCACGUUAUACAUUGCUUGGCUCUACUGCUUCAAAUUGUGUCGAAUAGUGCAUCCUCCAGUUGAAGCAACAAGCACAAACCAUCGUAAGUUUCAUUUGGUCUUAGUUUUUGUUCUCUGGGUUGCUGCUUUGGGAGUCUGCUCCCCGCUUUUGAUAUAUACAGGAAGGACUGGACUACUGAAGAAGGAAAAUGAAACUUGCCAGCAAUUUAGCAGACUAAUCUAUGCUGAAUGCAAAACAGAAUACAAAAAUUACCAUACAGAAAUCUUCUAUGGAAAAAUAUUUCUAGUGGCUAUUGAUCUUCUCCCACUACUGGUUAUGCUUCCUGUUGGCUUCCGAAUAAUAUACCUCCUUUGGGAACACAAAAAGGCAACAUAUGGUGGUAUAUGGAUUGGGGAUGAUGCAGCUGAAACAGAGGUCCUCAGAGCAUGUAAACUUGUCCUGCUAUUAAUAUUUCUGAUCAUUUCAUUCUGGACAUCUUACUUUGUCCUCUUUUACUGCCUGAAGAAUUUUAAAUCUUACUGCUUUGCGCCACCAAUACUGACAGUUCUCUCUUCAGGCUACUCAGCUGUCAGUCCUUAUCUCCUUAUAUUAAUUAACUACAAAGUACAAGUGAAAAUGAGGUGUUUCUUCUGUAAGGGUGAGAAGAAACCUGUUUCUCUGGCAACUGUAUCUCCUGUAGAUGUUUCUCCAUAUGCUUAG